GACAUCAGCCUACAAUCCAACGACUUUUCCUUACCAUUUCAUUCAUUCACACCGACCAAAGGCAGCCGCGGGUGAGACGCGCAAUCCCAACUGGAGUUAUAAACACUUCUGUGUACAAGCAAAGUGUCUUCGGAAUUGCAGAAGGUAUUCCCAACCCAAUCAUUACCAAUCGAGAAAAAUCAUCAAGCUUACACGAUCCAUUUGUACUUGAGAAGGAUCUACUUUUUCCCCGCUUAAAGAUGGUGUUCAAUCUCCGAACCUACAGUUUUUCUGAGUCCGUUGAAGAUGAUCCAACACCUCCUAAAAGCUUCUCUCUAAAGGAGCUCCGAGUCGCGACAUACAACUUUAGCCGGGGCAACAUCUUGGCGGAAACUGUACUCCGCAAAGUUUAUCGGGGGUGCUUGGCUGAUGGUUCGCUAGUGGCAGUAAAGAGAGGGCGCCAUGCCGAUCGGUGGACGGAAGAUUGUUUCGAAGCAGAAAAGCAAGUGGGAUGCACGGUUUCGAUGCACCCAAACGUGCUAUGCCUGAGGGGCUUUUGCAGGACCAAGAAAGAGCUCUUACUGGUAUAUCCCUUGAUGAUCAACAACACCCUAUCUUACAAUCUUAGAGAGAGACCGGAUCGGUUUGCCCGACCUCUCGAUUGGACUACUCGCAAGCAAAUAGCCUUGGGAGUAGCGAGGGGGCUUGCACACCUUCACAAUCAAGGUAACAUCAAGAUCAUGCAUCGCGGCAUCUGCGCAUCAAAUAUACUGCUGAAUGUGCAUUUUGAGGCCAUGAUAGGAGGAUUUUCGCAUGCCAUGAUCAUGCACGAGGGAAAUGCAAAGGAAGGGACUAUUAAGUGGCGGGCGUUCUCCCGAAGGCGGUUCAGGGAACUUUUUUAUGAAACCUACUCUCCCGCGGUAUUUCAAACCGAUUAUCGCUAUGAAGAUGUUUAUGUUGACACCCGUCGCUGCGGCACUUUUGGGUUUAUCGCCCCUGAGUACUUCUACACAGGAAAGUGCACACUGAAGAAUGAUGUCUUCGCAUACGGGAGAAUGCUUCUCGAGCUCAUCUCGGGACAGCCAAUAGAACCUGAUGGGUUGGCGGAUAAUGAAAAUCUCACUUUUGACCCAUUGAUUGGUGAUUUUAUGUACAAUGAUGAGUUGGAAAGGGUGAUCGAUCCCAAUUUGCAGGGGAACUACGUGGAAGAAGAAGCAAAGGGACUACUCCAAUUGGCAUCGUUGUGCUCAGACGAGGAUCCAUCUACUCGACCGGAGAUGUCUGAAGUGGUUCGAAUGCUCGAAAGCCAGUUUCUUCAGCGGGACCCUAGUACAAGGAGUAGUUGGAGUCAAAGUGAGUGUGACUCAACUCCGUACUACUCUUUCCCUCCUUCUCCUUCUCCUUCUCCUUCUCCUCUGGGGAUUGCUCCAUGACUGGCAUGUCAAUGAUACAUCAUCACCAUUGCCU